AUGCCUAAGCCGAAAAUCGUCCUUUACGCGGAAGCACUGACCCACAUCGGACAAUUGAACUUGCAUGCUUCCUUACAAACAGAAAAAAACGAACACACCAAGAUCCUGCUCUCCUCCGAUAAGAAAGUCAUUACUGCCAUUCACGAUGGGGAAUCCUCGAGCAUCUAUCUCCCCACCCAGAUUUCCGGCACUGCUCACGUCACGUUUCCCAUUGACAAGAGGACAGAAAUCUCAACUCGGUUGCAGAUAGACGAUGUCGGGCAGCUCAAACCUACGAGUGAGGGAGUGACCGACGUCGAAGCUCCCUGGUCUGCAGUCAGCCUGCAGGAACAUAGUUUCAUUUACUGCAGCCAAUGCGAUGCUGCUCUUCUGGUGCCGGACCGAAUCACGGCCUGGAAAGACUUGCCCAGUGAAAACUGGGCCGAGUUGAUGGACUUUUGGUUCUGCCAUAAGCCUCACAACAAGCAGUCUCCUCAUGAUCAUGCGGCCCAGUCCGCAAACCUCGCUGCAAAGGGUAAAGUCACUCCCUCUCCGGGGGUGACCAAGGACCCUACGAAGGAAGGUGUCGACGUCCUUCGAUGCGUUUCGUGUAAAGGCAGUCUCGGAUCUGGUGCAGGGGACGAGAGAAGCUACCGCCUCUACAAGUCCAGGCUGGCAGUGAUGCUAGAACCAGGUCAGGCUCUUGAAAGAUUCCCAGCUGCCGUCUUCCUGACCGCUCAGCUGCUGUCGCUGAUUGGGAGCUCGGUAAAUCGCAGAGUUGUUGUCCAUGACGGCAAGCAAUCUGACUCCGAGCACGGCCGUCAAGGUCUUCUCCUCUGGAUCUUCAACCCGGAUAUCUACUAUUCCAGCAGCAAGCGGGGACCUACAGCCCACCGCGCGAUGAAGGUGUUUUACAAAUUCCUUCCUCGUCCAGAGGAGUUUCUGGAUGGCCCGGGUUCGAACUGUGAAGAGCUUGUUGUUCCCGAAGAAGACUUUGGUGAGUUCAAACACACCUUACAAGAAAGCACAGACAUCCUCCCUCCAUCGGCGCGAACAUUCCAGGACUGGGACGUCGGUCUUCUGGACCGAUGGGAAAAAAAUGCGACAGGCUCCGCGAGGAUGGACGAGAACCCGCUGAACAAGAAGGUGGAUGAAGGAUUCGAGCUGUUCAAGUUACCCGCAGGGAUGCAGGAGCUCUAUCUUUGA